GAGGUGCGUUAACGUUGCGUGCCCGGGAAUUAGUUAGAUAGCAGUUGGCGACGUGUGUUUCGACGACGUUGCACAACAACUCGUCAGCCAAUUCUGGCACCGCCUCCUCUGCAGCAUCAUCCUACGCCCAGCGCCUGCCAGUAUAGUACUACACAGUACAUACAUCUUCCCUUCACGAAGUCCUAACCCCCCGUCUCUCAUUUUCUGUUCCUUCUCGACGACCACCACUUCUCCACCAAGUCGCCUUGUUACCGACUUCAAAUACGUAACCCACUCGGCUCUUCGUCCAUCGUCGCCGCCUUCGCCCGUCCCCUUUUCGCCCGCCCGCCAUGUCCUCCACCUCCGCCGGCCCACUCCACCACUCGGUCUCCACCGCGCCCUCCCAGUUCAGCACCGAACCCUUCAAAGCGGCCCUCCGCUCCCGCAAACCCAAGACGGCCGACGCACUAGAACGCGAGCGCCUAGUGCUCCCUCACCUCCCACGCACCUCUGUACCACAAGGCCCCAUCCGCACCUUCCUCUGGACGCAAGUCUACAAAUUCGUGCUUCUCGUAAUCUACACUCUCUUCAGCAUAUACCUACGGCUCCGCUGGGUGUACAACUUCGUCGUCGGGCACGUCUUCGCAAUCCUCUACUACCACCACCGCACGCCGCAGCUGAUCGCCAAGGACGUCGCCGAGCUGCGCGAGCGUGGCAAGUUCCCGAAGCAUCUAUCCGUCGUGCUCGAGUACGAGCGAGAAGACCUGGACAAGCUCAUCGAUGAGGUUUCCGAGAUCGCGUGUUGGUGCGCGAGCGCUGGAAUCCCGCGGCUCAGCGUCUACGAAAGGACAGGUAUCUUGAAAUCCUACAUCUCAACCUCGCACCGCGCCGUUUCCCAGCAGCUCCGCUCGUACUUCGGCCGCGAGAGGCCCACGCUCCGUGUUCACGCUCCGCACUCUCGCACUUUCGUCAAUGACGAUACCAGUACCGACGAGGGCUCCGAGCCGACGGGGCUAGAGGUCAUGUUUAUUUCCGAGGAGGAUGGCCGCGAGAGCAUGGUCGACCUUACCAAGACCCUGUGUGAGAUGGCGCAGCGUGGGAAAUUGUCGAGUGAGGAUGUGAGCGUCGAGUUGAUCGAUGCUGAGGUUAAAGAAAACUGCAUGGGCGAGCCAGACCUCCUCGUCCUGUUCUCGUCAAAUAUCACACUGAAAGGCUACCCACCGUGGCAGCUACGUCUGACCGAGAUCUACAACGUGACCGACAACGACGGCGUCGGCUACCAAGUGUUUCUCCGAGCCCUCCACAGUUUCGCUAGGACCGAAAUGCGCUUUGGCCGGUAAAGCACAUAGCUACAUCACACAUAAUUCACUUCACGCCGAAAAAAAGUUUGUACUUCUCGUUCAUUUGCUUGCGGGGGGUGGGGGAUGGGGGGCGUCGGAGCAUAUGUUUUGGCUACUUCCCUUCUCGGCAUGCGGAAGUGCUAUUUCUUUUUUCCACUUUUUCCUAUCUGUUUUUUUUAUCCAUUUAUCUUUUUCAUCUUUUUACAACUGCUUCGUUAAUUCUGCUUUAUUUUCUGCUUUUCUGGCUUGUGGGCUUGUGAUUCGGGUUGUGUUUUUGCAUUUUGCAUGUGCAAGAGUGGUGAUGUGGCAAUUGCUCGGCUUGGGCUACCAUUUUAUCGAUUGAUGGGAUGGGAAUCGGGAUAGGGAUCCUAGGGAAUCGGAACCGGAAUAGAUUUUUAUACCA